AUGGGCUUCCUGAUAGCACGGCAGGCUCAGAGUUAUCAGACUUCUCACCUAGGGAGCUCCUUCAACUUCCCUUCAGGGGACGAACCCACCUUCGCGGGGGCCAUCCUCGGAGUCAGCCCCCGGCAGGCCGCGUCCGCAGCCCGGGUGGGGCCGCCAACCUCCCGGCCCUCCUUCCUCUCCGCGGUGGCCCGGGGGCGGACGGACGCGGCGGCGCCCAUCCUGGCCCCCGUGCGGUUUCCCGGCGAGGCCCAAGGAGGUGGUGGAGGAGAGAAGAGGGAGGAGCGCGCGGAGCAGGAGGGGAAGACCGAGGAGAAGGGGGCGAGCGUAGGGAGGGUCGGAGCAGCCAGCGGGGGAGGAGGAGUAGAAGUAGCGGGCCGGGGCGGUGCUGUGAAACGAAGAUGGCCGGGCGCGCCGCGGGAACUGAGGGGCUGCCGGCAGCGGCUGCGGCAGCUCUGGGACUGUGACUCCACGCGCGGCGGCAACCCGAGUGAUCCAGGCACUGCAGGCGGCAGAGCGCAGGGCCGAGUGGGCGGCGGGCGACAGGAGGCAGGCGGGCACCGGUGCGCGGGCGCCGGGCAGAGGAUGCACCGGGCGCGGCGGGCGGGUCCCCGCGGCCGCCCCCGCGCCCUGAGCGCCGGGCCUUAG